CGGGAGGAGGCUUGAGUGACAGCGGAGGCGGGUAGCGGCCAAAAUGGCGUCGGAGGGUGAUCUAGGGAGGAAAUGGGACCGUUGUCUGGCUGACUCCGCCGUCAAGCUGGGUGCUGGGUUUGGUCUAGGCGUGGUCUUCUCCGUCAUCUUCUUCAAAAGAAAGACCUGGCCGCUGGCUUUCGGCUCGGGGAUGGGGCUAGGAAUGGCGUAUUCCAACUGCCAACAUGACUUCCAGGCUCCUUACCUUCUCCACGGGAGAUUCAUCAAGGAGCAGUGAUGGGGUCCUGACCUUUUCUGUGGCACAGCAGCGGAGACACCUCGGCCUCCUCUCCAUGGGUGCGGGGGAUGGGCACCCUUGGAGACCCAUGGACUUGCAGGCUGCCCCUCUGGGGAAGGGGCAGCCGCCACCCACCACCACCACCACCAGGCCUCCAAGCAAACCUUGAUUUUGUAUCUUCUUCGGGGAAACAGCAGGGAACGAAGCCGUUCUGGGAAAGGCAAUAAAACUGGCAAAGCGUU